UUUUUUUCUUUUUUUUUUUUUUUUAAACCUUUGUUGUCAGGUUUUCGAGCAACCUCAUGUCCCCCUCCCAGGGAGCUGCUUUAUUUACCUCUUAGAAACCAAACGGCUGGGAGGUAGAGCAUUGUAUUUCAGCAUGCUUUGUUUUAUGAUGAGAUCACAUAGAGAAGCUUUCGUGCCAUUUGGGCAGGUAAGCUUCUGCACCUCUGUCGUGCCCAGCUAUAUUUCUGCCUCCUCUCAUCUGUCUUCUCUUUUCCUCCUCCCCUCAUGCCUCCUUCCUGCUGGCCUCCUUUUCUCUUUCUUUCCCUUUCUCAGAUUAUCCUUCCAGGUUUUCGUAAUAAAUUUAUAUUUUGUAAAAGGAUUUUGUUGAACCAGGUUUUGCAUCCUCACUGAAUCUGACUGGCUUUUACUUUCCUCUCCAAAAUCAGGUUUUUGUUCUCAACAUUUCUCCCCAUCAUGUCCAGUCACUGUUUUGGUUUUGGCACCAUCAAUAUCAAAUGUACAAACGGUUCUUGCUAACCAACACCAGGUAUAUCUGAUGUUCAGAUGAGUUCCAAUAAAAUUUUUUUUUUCAAAAAGUGUCCUUUCUUGAGUGCUGGAGGGCUUCUGAUCAAGUCCACACAGCUCUGUAGCCUUUUAGACUGGCUAAAGCUCUGGUACCUCAUUUGCUUCAUGAGACCUUUAGAUCUGGGGUAAAGUGGAGGGAUUUGGAUAAGAAGGUUGGUCGGUAAGGUCUGAAAUGGGAAGUGGUGUGCAGGGAUCCUUCUGUUUUUCCAGGGCAACAUGGUCCAGUGAGGACAGGGGGUUUGGGCUGGAAGAGCCUCUGCUGCUUCCUUGGUGGGGAAUCGUGGUGUGAGGGUUGUAUGCAGUCAUACCAGUGCAAGUGCCUGGAGAGUCCUGACACUCAGUUGUGGUUUUGUUUUUAGUUGAAACCUUCAAAAGCAGUGAUUUUCAUUCUGCCCCUCAGACCCUGGCAGCCAUUCUUCUGAGGGGCCCUGAGGCCAACUAGGGGUGAGGGGGGAGCUCUCACCGCCAGUUCCACUCUAGUCCCAGCCACUUUGUUACUUUGUUUCAGUUUUGUAGAGUCUCUAUAGUUUCUACAGUUGCACUUGCAGGAAGAAUUUUGCUUCGCUAAGGGACUGUAAGAACUAUCCCCAAGGCAUCCAGCCCUGUAGCUGGAGAAGGGGGGGGGGGGUUCUCCAAGCCUAGGGCUGCCCGGAGGGGUUCAGUCGGCAGCAGCCCUUCCUCUGCUCCCUUUGCGGGUCUGACGACCUCCUCUAGACCUGUGCUGUCCACUGUGAAGGCACUGGCCACACGUGGCUGUGGAGCCUUUGACAUGUGGCUAGUUCGAAGUGUGAUGCAUUGCAAAUGUAAACAAACCAGACUUCAAAGACAGUAUGAAAAAAAAUGUAAAAUAGCUCAAUUUUUUUAUAUAUAUGUGAAAUAUUUUGAGCAUAAUGGGUUAAAUAAAAUAUAUUAUUAAAAUCCACCUGUUUCUUUUUAUUUUUUUAUGAUGUGGCUACUCAAAAAUACUCGAAUACCUAUGUGGCUUGCAUUUGUGGCCCACGUUAAAUUUUUUUGGAUGGUGCUGCUCUAGACCUCCAGGGCUGCUUUCCCUCGCUGGCCUCAAGGGAGCUAGGUCUGGGCACAGCUGAGGGGGUCGGGUGGCCCAGAGGCUGGCCUGGGCCUGGCUUCCUCACCUAGGGACCCUUCCUGGCACCAGCCCUCAUGUGCCACAGCUUUCUUGUGUGCUGAUGAGACAGCACUGGUGUUGGGAGCAGAGGCUGAGGCGCUUGGCUCUGGAGCACUGCUGCGUGCUAGUUAUAUAAUGUGUGCUGCCCAGAAGGGCCACUAGAUGCUGCUCUGUGAUCCCUGAAGGAACAAAGCACGGCUGCCUCAGAAGCCAGGGUUUAGCCUUGCUUUAUUUGGAGCCCUUUCUGGAAGGUAGCCGGCCAGAGCCUUGUCUUCUCUUUCUCAGGGUGGUAUGGGGAUGGGGCCAUGCAGAGGACAGGGAUUCUCUGGUGACACAUGGGAAUAUCAGCCCAACAGUGCAGAUAACAAGCAGGCUGGCCCUUCUGGCAGCUAGAGAUAGGCUAUAGAAUCAAUAGGCUGAUCGAUGGUGGGGUUUGGAGUGCUUUCCUGCAGUUCUCUGAAGAAGACUGGGAAGAAAACAGCUCCACUUCAUUCAGCUGGGUCUGCAUUCUGGGCCUUGAUUCUGCCAUUUUCGGUAGAAGAUUGCCCUUUCUUCCUUGCCUUGCACUGGAGCUGUGACAGGAGCUUUAGGGUGGUGGUGGUGGUGGUGGGUGCCUUGAAACAGUGGGCACGGCAGUGGGGGUGGACAGGACUUCCAGACAACCCCUUUCCUCAGGCACAAUCGCAAGUGGGCUGCCGGUGCACAUUUCGUUCAUGUGCUGCAAACAUGGCUUUGCCUUUGACAAGUGUGAGGAGGCUGAGGUAGUAAUGCAAAGAGCUCUUUUUGAAGGUGCUAGGGAAGGCUGGCUGGACAAUGGCGAGAGAGGAUACCAGAGUGUGGCCAGUCUGGAAAAGGUCCGGGCAAGAACCUGCUGCUUUGGUUUGGGAAAUGAAGUGGGGUAAAGUGGACCUUGGUACUGCCUGCCAUGAAUUGGAAUAGCUGAAACUGAAAUUUGUAGGUACAGGUACCAGGGUGGACCUAAGGGGAGGCUUACAGGCUUCGAAAUCUAGGCAUAUUUUGUGAAAUGGAAAGCAUUUAACCUUUGCUCAACACCAGAAUCUGAAGGGGACCUUGAGAGGCAGUAUGGACAAAGGCCUACUUGGGAGCUGGGCCUCUCCACCAGGGGCUGGAGGGAAAAAGGCUUUGCCUUGGAGAGAAAGAGAGUCAUUGGGCCAGGGGACCUGGAAGAGAUUACUUCUUCAAGCUCCUUACUAAUAGGGAAGGAGGGUUGAGGACUGCUCCAUUUCAAGAGCAGGCCGAGGUUGUACACGGAGGAACAUGGAGGGAGGGCCCUGUUGAGCAAAGGGCCGGCUUUCAUCUAAGUUAAGAUGACAGCUGCUGUGGAUGUUUCACAAGCAGCCAUCUGCAUACAGAACAAUGCAUUUUCCAUUAUGUGGUCACCAAAGUCCCUAAAGCUUUCACUUGCCACUAUUGACAGAGAAACGGCUGGGUAGUACAUAUACGCAUUCUAGUACUUUGACUCGAUAGCAGCACUGUCCUGGGUAGGGCCGUGAGCAGCACUGGCAGAGCGGGCCCAGGUUGACAGCCUGGAGUGGCCAGGAGGCCAGGAAUUGGGUAGUUAAUCUGGAUUACUGCUUCCUUAUCUUUUGGUCCAGAGGUGAUAAUCUGGAUUAAGAUAGGGUUUGAAUCUUCUGUUUCUCCGGUUUGUGGGCAACUCAAUCAGUUUCCAGAACCAACUAAAAGAAAAACAAAUGAAGAAUGGCUCUUGUGAAGGAUGUGAAUUCUUGUCUGUGAGAGGAACUGUUCUUACUAGUCAGAAUUUUACAACUUGGCACCAGAUCUUCAAAUGGUACAUGGUUAGCAUGAAAAACAUUGGAAUCAGAGGAUCAGAGGCUGGUUUGGAAGAGCAGUGGCUUCAGUUUUACUACAACUGAUAAGAGGGCCAGUGGUAAUGUCGAGGUCACAUUUGUGAAGGACUGGCCCGUCUCUGGGGCAGAGGCCCACCCCGGAGCCUCAAGUCCUGUCCCAGCCAGGUGGGUGCGGGAAAGCCAGUCUCUGUUUUGUGGACCAGCCCAGAACUGCCUAUGCCUCUCUGGCUUGGAUUUCUAUUUACCCGGGCUCCGGCCCUUUACCUGAGGUGCGGGAAUAGAGGCCACGGAGGGGGAGACGUGAAAGUCGAUGGGACAGUCCAUCCGGAUUCGAGUGGCUUCAGCAAAGGCUUCCGCCUCCCACCGCCACCCCCACCACCCCCGGCUCAGGGCCUUCCUCCUCGAGUACCUAGCUUCUUCCCCGCCGGACGAGGAUGUUAAUGGAAAAAGGAAUCUCGGGGCCCCGGCCGGCCUCCGUGGAUAGCUUCUCGCGCGGCAGCCUCAGCUCGGGCGGGCCGCGCGUCGCCAGGGCGGGGACGCGGCCGAGAGCGCCCCCGCGGCCCGCCGCUGCGGGUGCCGCGGCGGGAACAAAGGCAGCACGUGUCUGGGCGGGGCGGCGGGCGGGUUCAGCCCUCGGCCCCGCCCCCGGCGCGCCCCCUCCCGCCCCCCGCCCGGCCCUAGCUCGGCUGCGCGGGGCGCCGGGGACUCUCACGCGGCCUGGCGGCUGCUGGCGCGACGACGCAGAGCGGGCGGCGAGCGGUGCGGGAGGGGCGGCCCCGAGAGGCGAGGCGGGGCCGGCGCCGCGGGUACCCGCCGCCACCGCCCGAGUCCGGGUCCUAGAUGGGGUGCGGCGAGUAGAGGCGCUCGGGCUCGUGGCCGCAUCCCUGCCCGCACCGCGCGCGGGGGUGGCGCUGAGGACCGCGGCGGCCCGGCUCCCAGGCAGGAGCAGGCCAGUUCGGGCCGGCGCGUGGGCCUCGCGCGCGCGCGCCCCCGACAGGGAGGCCGCUGAGGUGCGCGCCGGGGCGGGAGCGGGAACGGGAGCGCGGCGGCGGCGAGGGCGGCCGGCGGGGGGCGGGGCCGCGGCGCCUGCAGAACCUUGGACAGAAGCUCCGGAGCCGCCGCCGCCGCCGCCGCCGCCGCCGAGCGCGAGCCCCGCCGAGCCCCGCCGAGCGCCGGGACCGCGGGCCCGAGCCGCGGCGCGCAUUGCGGAGGGAGAGCGCGGAGCGCAGGAGCCGCCGCCGCCUGCCGGAUCCGAAGGGGCAGCACGCGCCCGGGAGCCGGGAGUGCUCCCGCCUCCUGCCCGGGGCCGCCGCGGGCUCGCUGAGGUGUUUUGUGCCUCCGGCCGGCAGGCUGGGCGCGCAGGGGCGCGGGCCCCCGCCCAGCGCGCAGCGGCACCAUGGGCACGGUGCUGUCCCUGUCCCCCAGCUACCGGAAGGCCACGCUGUUUGAGGAUGGCGCGGCCACGGUGGGCCACUACACGGCCGUACAGAACAGCAAGAACGCCAAGGACAAGAACCUGAAGCGGCACUCCAUCAUCUCCGUGCUGCCUUGGAAGAGGAUCGUGGCCGUGUCGGCCAAGAAGAAGAACUCCAAGAAGGUGCAGCCGAACAGCAGCUACCAGAACAACAUCACGCACCUCAACAAUGAGAACCUGAAGAAGUCGCUGUCCUGCGCCAACCUGUCCACUUUUGCUCAGCCCCCACCGGCGCAGCCGCCCGCACCCCCUGCAGGCCAGCUCUCGGGCUCCCAGACCGGGGGGGUCUCCUCCUCCGUCAAGAAGGCCCCGCACCCUGCCCUCAGCUCCGCAGGGACGCCCAAACGUGUCAUCGUCCAGGCGUCCACGAGCGAGCUGCUGCGCUGCCUGGGCGAGUUCCUGUGCCGCCGGUGCUACCGCCUGAAGCACCUGUCCCCCACGGACCCUGUGCUCUGGCUGCGCAGCGUGGACCGCUCGCUGCUCCUGCAGGGCUGGCAGGACCAGGGCUUCAUCACACCCGCCAACGUGGUCUUCCUCUACAUGCUCUGCAGGGACGUCAUCUCGUCGGAGGUGGGCUCGGACCACGAGCUCCAGGCCAUCCUGCUGACCUGCCUGUACCUCUCCUACUCCUACAUGGGCAACGAGAUCUCCUACCCGCUCAAGCCCUUCCUGGUGGAGAGCUGCAAGGAGGCCUUUUGGGACCGCUGCCUCUCUGUCAUCAACCUCAUGAGCUCCAAGAUGCUGCAGAUCAACGCCGACCCACACUACUUCACACAGGUGUUCUCCGACCUGAAGAACGAGAGUGGUCAGGAGGACAAGAAGCGGCUCCUCCUCGGGCUCGAUCGGUGAGCCCCGUGGCCCGCAUCAUGGCUCAAGGAUUCAGUUCAUUUUUAAAAAUUUAUUAUUAAGCAAAUCAGAUUCUGUGUACAAUAUGUGUCUAGCAAAGCCACCGAGGGCCUCUCCCUUCCCACCUUCCCUCCUCGGGGUUUUCUUCAGCCCUGCCAAGAACUCUGGGCACUUUUGAACUCCCGAACCUUGUGCAACACCCAGAAGAUGUAUCCAGAGCCACCCGGGCUGCUGACCUCUCAACUUUGGGGAUUCGGGGGACUGAGCGUCUUCUUGCCGCCUGUGCCCUUGCUGGACUGGGGCGGGUGAGGCCGUCCACUGCUCCUGGCACGGGAGCCGGAGAGGGGCCUCUGGCCGGUUGGCCCAGGGAGCGACUGGCCUUCCCGGCUGGGGGUCCUUUCCUGGCUCUUGUUUUGGGUCAUACCUUCUCCCAGAGGCCUGUGGAGCUGGCCACCCCGACCGAGCCACGAGGAGGGUUGGGAGGCAAGGUGCCCGCCACCCUGGGACAACUCUUCGGUCGAGGAGAAGCUGGCCUAGUACAAAGAUUGGGGCCUGUCGUUUGACAAUGCACCACCUGGGUUUGCUCUUUUUUCUUUUUUAGGGAGAAGGGCUUUCCUUUAGUGAAGACAUGGACCUUGCCCCCUAGCCCCCUGCUCCCCCGCUCCCAGCUGUGUUGGCAGUGUUGGGUUAAGGAGCUGGUUUGACUCAUUAAGUUCUUUGAUUUUGGGUCCCAGCUAAAGGGGUAGGGUGCAGGUAGGGACAGCUCCUUUCCUGGGUGAACCUUUCAUUUGACUAAUGCAGCUUACUCACCCCGUGGCGAAGGCCAGGGCAGCUGCAGGUGCCCAUUACCAACAACCUGCCUUCUGGGCGGGUGGGGUUGUCGUGCCCGAGACCAGCCAGUGCCCACCUGAGGGCUAAGGCCUCUUGCCGGUGCAUGACAUUCGUUCCACAGAGCCGGGGUGGGGGGUGAUGUCAGGGAUCAGGGCGAUGUGGUAAUGAUGUACCCCCUGUCCCCACCCCUGUUCAUUUCAAGCUGUUUCCAAACAGUUCAGUUUCUUCUGAAGACGAAGCCUGGCCCGGCAAGGCCCAGUGAGACCACUGGAUCUUGGAGACAAUUCCAAGACGGGAGUAGCGCUCCUGAUUGCUUCGGAAGCCUGCUGAUUGUGCACCUGAUCAUUUGCAGUUGCUGGUUUGGGUUUCCACCUUACCCUAGUGGCUGCGAAAACACACGAUGUGUACUUAAUCAAUUUCCUUUCUAAUUCUCCCAGAUUGGUGGCUUGGGACUUGGGAGAGGACCGCGAGAAGGGAGCGAGCCUCCCUCCGUGGCCCAUCACUCCAGCUUUGGGGAACAAAGACCAAUGUGAAGAUGCUCUGGGGAAUUCUGUCUUUCAGUCCCCAUGCCCCCCCUCCCCUUCCCCAGGGAGUGCUGGAAUAGGGGGCUGGGGGAAGGCAGAGGGUCCUUUGACAUAGGGUUAGGUUCCAGGUGGCUGCUGGUUUCAGCACGAGCACUACUGAAAUUCACACGAACAAGAGAAAGCUGUGAAACGGAGGUCCUGGUGUAAGAGGCCUGGAGCUGAGCCGCCGGCCCGGGUGUUCCUGGGGAAGAGGGGGAGGGCCUGCCCGGGCUGGGAUUCGUUUGCCCCAGCUGCGCCUUGGGCCCACGCUGAGCCUGAGCCGUUCCGUUCCUGGGACUGCCAGAUAAUCUGAUGUGGAGCUGGAAGGAACCUGCUGGAAGGUUGCUGGCACAGACUUUGCCGCCGCUGCUGCGCCUCUUCUUGGUUGGAGUUGUCACACAGCCCGUCUGUGCAGAUCCUGCCACCACGUGUAACCUGAGGUAGGAGGCCCGUGGGGGCAGCAGGCCCUGGCGGCCCGGAAGAGGGAGGUUCGGGUGCCGAGUCUCCAGAGGAGGGGCGCGCAUCCGUAGUCGCUCUUUCUCGGCGGCGGCCGAACUUGGCCUGAGACUGCGCUUCAGUUGCAUCCCCAGGAUUCCGGUUAUGUGUGUUUCCUUCUCUUUCUCCGUAUUUAUUUUUUUAUUUCUCGGAGGAGGUGCAAAUUUCAGGAGUGGUUGGGGGACGAAGGAAGCCAGUCUCUGGCUCCCCCCCAGUGUGAAGCCUGCCCCUUCCUCCUCCCCGCCCUUGUGCUGGUCAGUCCUGGGUGCAGGAGCUGAUGGACUCGAGUGUGCAGGCAGUGAACCCAUUUGACAUGCUGCUAUGAAGACUACUUUUAGAACAACAAUUAAAAAAAACAACAACAAAAAACUAACCUACGGGGGAAAAAAAAACCCUUAUUCUUUCAUUGUUGCUUUGACAGUGAUCUUGUGCAUGCGAACCAGGAGCAUUUUGUGUCUUAAGAAAAAUAAUCUUAGAACAGAUGGCCGUGAACAUUACACCCGUGCACGGAACCAGUCACAGGAAUAAUAGUUCAGGAUUUGGUUUUUCUCUUUUUCUUGUAAACCUGAAGGGUUGAUAUAUUCUUUCCAUGCAGCUAUUAGAAUUUAGUUUUGUUCCAGCAGUUGUUAAACUUGCAAUGAAAAGAAAAUGUGCCAUUUUUUUCCACUCGUAAUUGUUCAUUGCUGUAUAUUUGAAACUGCUAAUUACACGUGCGGUGUAUGUUGGUUCUUAGUGCAAUUCGUUCUGUAGUUAUUCUCUGACCAAACCGUGGGUAUUGUUAAUAUUAAUUUAUAUUUGUCUCAUUUUGUAUGUAUGUGUAGUGUGUUUGUAAGUAUGUGUGGUUUAUAAUCUGACAAGGUCAUGAAGCUCAGUUUGGCUGUAAUUUAAUUCCCUUUCCCUUAUUUUUAUUUAUUUUUGUACUGUGCUGAUUAAAUAAAAUGCACUGACCAUCCAU